CAAAUCGUUUUGCAGCGAUUUCUGCUGUGAAGAGCCGUACUGCGUCGGUUGGCAAAAUCCUUUUUUUUUUUGGUCAUUGAAAUAAUGGACACCUCGUUGACUGCUGCUGAAAUCCGUGAGAAGUUCAUUGACUUUUUCCGGCGACACGAGCACCAGUAUGUCCACUCGUCUUCCACCGUCCCUUUGGAUGACCCAACGCUACUCUUUGCCAAUGCUGGCAUGAACCAGUUUAAGCCUAUCUUCCUGAACACGAUUGACCCCUCCCAUCCUAUGGCUCGGCUAAAGCGAGCAGCCAACACUCAGAAAUGCAUCCGUGCUGGGGGCAAGCACAACGAUUUGGAUGACGUAGGCAAGGAUGUCUACCACCACACCUUCUUUGAGAUGCUGGGAUCCUGGUCCUUCGGAGACUAUUUCAAGCAUCUGGCCUGUGAGAUGGCUCUGGAGCUGUUGACAAAGGAGUUUGGAAUCCCUAUUGAGCGGCUCUAUGUCACUUACUUUGGAGGUGAUGAAAAGGCCAUGCUGGAGCCAGACCUGGAGUGUAGACAGAUCUGGUUAGACCUGGGGAUAGAGGAAUGUCGCAUCUUGCCUGGUAGCAUGAAGGACAACUUCUGGGAAAUGGGGGACACGGGUCCCUGUGGGCCCUGCAGCGAGAUCCACUUUGAUCGGAUUGGGGGACGAGAUGCCGCACAUCUGGUUAACAUGGACGACCCUAACGUUCUGGAGAUUUGGAACCUGGUUUUCAUUCAGUUCAAUCGGGAGUCAGAGACAGUGCUGAAACCCCUCCCCAAGAAGAGCAUUGACACGGGGAUGGGGUUGGAGCGUCUGGUCUCUGUACUACAGAACAAGAUGUCCAAUUACGACACGGACCUUUUUGUGCCGUACUUUGAAGCUAUCCAGAAGGGAACAGGUUCCCGGCCAUACACGGGGAAAGUUGGUGCGGAAGACACUGAUGGCAUAGACAUGGCAUACCGCGUCCUUGCAGACCAUGCUCGUACCAUCACCAUUGCCCUCUCGGAUGGGGGCCGCCCUGACAAUACUGGCAGAGGGUAUGUGCUGAGACGCAUCCUACGCCGUGCUGUGCGCUAUGCACAUGAGAAGCUAGGAGCACAGAGGGGCUUCUUCGCCUCCCUGGUGGACGUGGUGGUGGAGUCGCUGGGUGAUGCAUUCCCAGAGCUGAAGAAGGAUCCAGACAUGGUAAAGGACAUUAUCAAUGACGAGGAGGUACAGUUCCUUAAAACCCUUAGCAGGGGACGUCGUAUCCUGGACCGGAAGAUUCAGAGUUUGGGAGACAGCCAAACCAUCCCAGGUGACACAGCAUGGCUGCUGUAUGACACAUAUGGCUUCCCUCUGGACUUGACAGCGCUCAUUGCUGAGGAGCGAGGCCUGGGUGUUAAUAUGCAAGGAUUUGAGGAGGAGAGGAGGGCUGCCCAGCUGAAGUCCCAGGGGAAGGGGUCUGGUGAUGAAGACCACAUCAUGUUGGACAUCUAUUCCAUUGAGGAGUUACGUAACAAGGGCCUGCCUGCAACAGAUGAUGCCCCCAAGUAUGGUUACUAUGUCAGCGAUGAUGGCAGUUACGAGCUUGAGCAGGCCAUGGGGACUGUUCUCGCCUUGCGACGGGAACGUGAAUUCGUGGAGGAGGUAACGACAGGGCAGGAGUGUGGUGUACUGCUGGACAGGACAUCCUUUUAUGCAGAGCAAGGAGGUCAGACCUUCGAUGAGGGCUACAUGCUGAAGGAGAACGACUUUGCAGAGGAUAAGAUGGAGUUCACAGUGAAGAACACCCAGGUGCGAGGUGGUUUUGUUCUACAUGUGGGGACCGUGUAUGGUACACUGAGAGUGGGAGACUGUGUCACACUGCAUGUUGAUGAGGCCCGGCGGCGACCUAUCAUGAGCAACCAUACAGCCACCCAUAUUCUGAACUUUGCCCUCCGAAGUGUUUUGGGGGAGGCAGACCAGCGGGGGUCCCUGGUGGCACCUGACCGCCUCCGUUUUGACUUUACAGCCAAGGGGGCCAUGAGCACAGUCGAGGUGCAGCGUACAGAGGAGAUGGCCUGCACCAUGAUCCACGAAGCCAAGUCCGUCUAUGCCAUGGAAGUCCCUCUGGCAGCUGCCAAGGCCAUCCAGGGCUUGCGUGCCGUGUUUGAUGAGACAUACCCUGACCCAGUCCGAGUGGUUUCUAUCGGGGUUCCAGUGCCUGACCUGCUGGCUGAUCCCAGUGGUCCUGCUGCUUCUCUCACCUCUGUUGAGUUCUGUGGAGGAACACACCUGCGGAACUCUGCCCACGUCGGUCCUUUUGUCAUUGUGUCUGAGGAGGCGAUUGCCAAGGGCAUCCGACGCAUUGUUGCAGUAACAGGGGCAGAGGCACAGAAGGCCCAGAGGAAAGCUGAUGCACUAAGACAGACUCUGGCUGCACUGGGGGGGAAGGUGGUGGCUCAGACUGCCCCCAAUAAAGAUGUGCAGAAGGAGAUUGCUGAUCUGACUGAGGCCCUGGGGACUGCAGCGAUUUCACAGUGGCAAAAGGAUGAAAUGCGUGAAGCUCUCAAGGGGCUGAAGAAGACCAUGGAUGACCUGGACCGUGCCAGCAAGGCAGAUGUUCAGAAGAGGGUGUUAGAGAAGACAAAGCAGCUGAUUGACAGCAAUCCCAACCAACCACUGAUUGUUGUGGAGAUGGAAUCUGGAGCCUCUGCCAAGGCCCUGAAUGAGUCUCUGAAACUACUGAAAGCUCACUCCCCCCACACAGCAGCCAUGCUGUUUGCUGUGGAUAAUGAUGCUGGCAAGAUCAUCUGUCUCUGUCAGGUGCCUCAGGAGGUGGUGGACAAGGGUCUGAAGGCCAGUGACUGGGUGCAAGAAGUGUGCCCGGUGCUAGAUGGCAAAGGUGGUGGUAAAGACACCUCUGCCCAGGCUACAGGAAAGAACACUCAGAGCAUACAGGAGGCACUGAAGUUGGCUCAAGACUUUGCCUCCCUCAGACUACAGAAUUAACCUCCAGAUGAGGAGAAGAAGGUGACUGGUUCUGACUGUGAAUAAAGAGCCCUUCAGAAAAAGCGCAUGAGUCCCCUGCCAAGUGCCCAGGUUCCCCAGCUGUGUCAGCUCCUGACAGAGACAUUCCAGCAGUAUCUUGUAAAGGGAGAUUUACUUGUUUUAUAGGAAGUAAGCUCUCUGAGGAUUCUUGUUGCAUGCUGUCAUUAUGAUCUCCAGUGAGGUUCUGUCUGCUGCUAUGCACACACACGCGCACACACACGAGGUAGGGCCAUGUGGUACCUAUUUGCCUGUUAAAGCCCCACCCCCAGUUCUCUAAAUGGGUAAGGAAUAGUUGGGGAAUGGGUGUCGUCCUGUCAAACCACACCUGUCUAUUUCUGUUUGCGGUCUUUACUCCAGUGGAAAGUCCGUCUCCUCCAGUACCCAUCCUGUUUCCAACCAUACCGGUGCAUACCAUCAGCACUGGUUUGCCUGUUGCUUGACUGCUCCAGGCCUUGCAAAUACAGCCAGUAAAAGCCACAUGAGAGGCAGCUGACAUGCUACUAGUUGUACUGUAGUGUUUGUAUUGAGACUAAGCCAUCCACCAUUUGUGUAACAUUUGGACAAAAAACAAUGAUGAGCCCUGCUGAUUGCUGUCUCCAUGGAAUGACCGUUAGUACCAUUCUCUCCCAGUUAGUUUUAACUGCAGCCUCUUGUGGGAGAAUUUCUGCUCUGUUCAAUAAAGUUACAAUUAACUU